AUGAGAAGUGACCAGUAUGAUGCUGGAGAUAGUGAUCAGUCUUCCGUGAUGACUCUACAAGGACAAGAAAGAACGGUGCGUCGUGGCUGGCGGCAUCUCAGCUUCGGUUAAGGCUCACAAUUCGCUGGAACAGCUUUCUUGUAAUCUCGAGCAUGCUUUUUUUAGUCAGAAUGAACACGUAAGCAAGUAGUAGGUGCGGAUCUCUUUUCGUGACUCUAUAUUCUAGAUAAAGCACACCUCCUCAUCUUCCUAUUUUCUAUUUCUCUUACUCCUUCUAAGGAAUCUUCUUGUCGUUGUGGCUUCGUCUGUACAGUCGGAUCUAUACGACUUUCUGGGCCUACGAAACCUUCGUCAUUCUCGCGGGCUUGAUUCUAGUCCCCAGCAGCAAGUACGUUCCGAUCAGUGGGCCUCGAAGAGGUGGAGGUGACGUUGAUGAACACGCAGGCACCACAUUUUAUGGUCAGAUUUUGUCUAUCUUUCUCGGCAUCUCGGUACCCGCUUCCACCUCCCUUGUAUUUCAUGGAAAAGGGGUCCUCGAGAUGAGGGGACCGAGAUGAAUUAAAACUGACUCUAAACAUUGGCCGGGACACCAGUAACCACACCGGGACCGACAUCAAGGCACCCAGGCCUGACAUUUCCAACCGAAUGGGCAGCUUGGGUCUUCUUCGCAAUCUUCGUGUUUACGCUUUCGCUCACUAAAAACCUCGUCAAGCGAGCGGCGAAGCCAAGAAAGUUCAAGGAGAGUACUACGACAAGAACAAUUCUGAUUUUUGUUUUCUAGUCCUCUAACGAUCGUUCGUACGACUUUCAUCAGAUGAUUGAGAUGUUCGUUGUACAACAAUAACAAACAGAUGUAGUUGACCGUUCUUUCCAUUUUUGCCAUCGCUCUUUUAUUUCGCGCCAUAUUACGAAUCAUUUUUCAAUUUCAAUAUCGUCAAUAAAUACCUCAACCUCAUCAGUGAAAUGCCGGUUGAUCCUGUUGUGCUUUUUGUGCAUUGGACAUUUGAUCUACGACGCGUAUUAUUGGACGGGUCGCUUUGUUCUGCAGAGUUCAGUGCCCGCUCGCCAAGUACCUGUGGGUCCUCAUGGCGAGAGGACCUCCACAAGCCAAAUUGAUCGAGACUGGAGCGACUAUUACUUGCAAAAGAUUCUCAGCCGUUCGCCUCUGCAGCCGAUGGAACGUCGCCAAAGUUUGAGCGAUAUUUUGCCUUUGCCUGCUAACUUUCGUGUGUACGAAGAGCAACUUCGAGAAGUCGCAGGCAACGCGGUGGGCCUUGCUGGCAACGCUGUUCUGCAAUUGCGUGGUUUCCUAGCAGGUACUCCAGGGGGCGCUCCUACUAUUAAGGCUCAGCUUUCAAUGGAAGAAGAACGAUUUUGUACAAACUCUAGAAGAAAGAGAAACCCACGGUCAGGACGCUUAACUUGACUUUCUCAGCAUAUUUCGUUUCAGCGGGUCACUGAGAUCCCUCUUGAGGAAAGAUGGGGGGGAAAAUGAAGGAAAAGCAAAGGGAGAGGCAUGGGGCCCAUUUCUUUCAGAGUCAUGAUGACCAUUGAGUGCUGAGCUUUAAUACUAGUACUGCUUCUGCAGGAGGAGGAGGAGGAGGAGGAGGAGGAGGAGGACCACCACGAGCUUCUUCAGGCAUGGGUGCUGGCGGUCUACUUGAAUCAGGACUUGCACCACCUGGAGGGGGCCGUGGACAAGCUGUAGGUGGUGCUGACCUCCCAGAACAAACAAGUGAAGUUUCGUGGUUCGCCGUGCAUGAGAAGUUUCUCUUUCCCUUUCACGCUCAGAUCCUGGUGGCGCCAGUGACACAAGCCUACCACUUUUUGAGCAACGGGGAAAAUCUUCACACGCCCAACUCGAUCACGGAAUUAGUUAGUGCAGCCGGGUUCUUCUGGCACCUGCUGUUUGUCAGUAGCGCUGUGAGCACUUCAGUCACGUUGUUAGUGCUCCUUUUGGCUUGCUGCGCUCUUUGCGGCGACGAUGUGCGUUCACAAGCAGGGACUCCUGGGACGAACAGUUUAUGGCCGCAUAUAACGAAAUGAUGAAAUAGAUUUAGAUAACUCAGCUUUAUUGUUCUAGUGGUUUUUUCUGAGGAAAGCAUCUCCAUAUCGGAGAUAUGCAUGGUUUGAGACAGGAUGUUGGUUCUGAGCAAGAUUUAAAGCGCAGGAGCAUACGGAGUGUCUAAUCUACGCCAGUGGCGCCAGAGCAGGCAAUCAUCGGGCAUCGGCUUACAACAACUACGGUCGGUCAACACAGGGGAACAGACCAGGCGUCCUCAGCCGUGCUCCCAGCAUCCAUCGCAGUGGACAGACCGAACAGCUCCUAGCGCAGCAACCCUUGUCGGAGUAUCCAAAGGUUUAAAUGGCUGAUUCUUCAGGAUAUGAAAUGUUGUGGAGGAUCAACACGAGAAAGAAGACUUCUUCAAGAAGUUCCUCAAAGUAGAAGAAGAAAAGAAGUUCCUCACAAAGGCAAAUCUGUACCUCCUCCAUCACAUUUGAUUUCAAGAAAAAGAGACUCUCAGUUUUGAUGCCGAAUACUAGAAUAGAAAACUACGACAUGCACAUGAAUUAGAGACGAGGAAACAAACAAGCGCAGGGGCGCGGGCAAAAUGACUCCAUAAGAAUGAAUGUCUAACAAUUCUAUUUCUACACGAAGAUAAGGAUACGCGUCGAAAGACAACAUAGACUAGUAGUACUACAUCGUAGAAGAAGUUGAUAUGAUAGAUAAGGUAUAUCAUGUAUUAAAAAGUACUAUUUUCACUUCGCAGUAUAAUUCUUGUUCGCAUCUUCACGUCAUCUUGGGUGCAACUAGGCAGGUGGCAAAAAUCCUGCUGGCUUGCUUGCGCUCAACAUAGAUAAUAAAAUCGCAUACUAAAUUUAACACUUCUAAGAGGCUUAUGUUGAUCUUCUUUUGAAGAAAGCUAUUCUUGAGUCACGCCUCAUUUUUCAUGAAGAACGAGUUCGUUUCGCUUCGUUUUGACUACUUGAUAUGUACUACAUGACAUGAACAAAUAGAUAGAAAGAUACACUAAUGACAUGAAGAUACGUAAGUCGCUUUGUUUGAAUGUGCAACAUGGAUUGUUUGCAAUUCUAAAACAAGUCGGACGAGUGAAGAUAUAUGUAGUUGUUAAAAUAUCUUUCGAAACCGAAGAUUGGAUGAAAGAGGAAUCAUGUCUUGAUGUUGGGAGGUUUAUUGGGCCCACUCGUUGUAACGGACAAGGAGGUGAAAUUUGUUGUGAAGGACAUCGUUAUCGUUUCGAUUGCGAACGUUGAUUUCACGAAGUAGAAAUAGGGAGAAGGUGACGACGAUUGGACCAUCUGGCUACAACUUUGUCGUUCGACUUUUGGAGCGAUUUUUCCUGCUCAGUUCAUGCGUUGCGCGGUCGUUGGAAUGUUGUUACCUAUUUUUCACUCGAUGCAAUGCCACUGUAACAAGAUCUUCAUGAAGAAGAGUUGGACAUUCAUUACUCAAAAUUUGGCUCUGGCUGAAAGAAAUAAAAGAAGGUCAUCUAUUCUACAAAUUAUGAAAGUAGGGACUAUGGUGGAAAUUGAAAUGUG